UUUCUGAUGGAAUCCCAUUAAAAUGCAGAAUUGGCAUUUGUAGAACACCUAUAGAGGUGACAACAUACCAACUAUUUGCAAGUGAAGUGCUUCCUGCAACUGUGAUAAAGCCACUGCUCUAUCCAGGAGCCAUUGCAAAAGCUCUUCUCAACAAUAAGCCCUUCCCAAGCUAUGAUAAUCUUCUCCUUUUCUAUAACUUCUUUGGAACACAUAAACAAACAGCUACAAGGUUCAGUCUCAAUCACCUUGAGGUAUUAGUAGGGAGUUACAUGUGUGUUGCAGGGGCAAUUUUGGGAUUAAUAAAGAGAAGAUCAUCAGCAAUUAUUUAUUUAUUCAUCUGAUCAUCAUCAUCAUCAUCCAUUCUUGAAUCCCCAAAUCCAAAUUCUGGGUUUUUUCCUCAAGGUUUAUAAUUUUGGGGUUUUUUUUUCACUUGAAUUUUUUUAAUUCUUGAAUCCCCAAAUCCAGUCAUCCAGAUACUGGGUUUUUCCUCAAGCAUCUUCAUCUUCUGUUCUCCUUUUCUAUCUGAAUUUGGGUUUAAGAAACCUGAAUUUGUUUUUGAGAUUUAUUCUUUAUAUAUAUAGAUAUAUAUAUAUGAACAUGGCAAUAUCUUUCUAUUCAUUGAACCAUCCAUCAAAUAUGGUGGUGGGCUGUAAAAUUAGGCAAAGAAUUGAGGUUAUUAGAGGAACUAGAACUUUGAGAUACCAUCAAGUUCUUGCCAUGGCACCUUUUUCAAUUGUGCCGAAAUCGGGCAACAUGGUAACCAACUCCACGAACCGUUUCCCCCCGGAUGGGCCGAGCGGGUUUCAGCCCGCCCGAUCCAGCUUGGUAGGAAUCAUUGGAGGGGUAUCGGUCGACUCGACUCUGAGAUUCGUCAAGAAACUCGCGGAGUGCGGGUCGGAUGACGGGGAGGAGGACGGGGUGCCCUUUGUGAUGUGUUGUGAUCCAUUGCUAAGUAAGAACAUCUCGUCCUACGAAAGGAGCUCGAUCCCUUUCCUUUCGGGCAAGUGCCCGAACCCGCAAACGGACGACCGUUCGAUCGUGGAAUGGUUGAGGAGGAAACGGGCAUUUCUCGAGGGCUCGGGUGCCCAAUGUGUCGCUAUGCCAUGCCACAUUGCGCAUUCGUGGUAUGAUCGGGUGGCGGAUGGGUCAUCGGUCGCUUUUCUUCAUAUGGGCGAGUGCGUGGCGAAGGAGCUUAAGGAAGCUAAGCUUAGGCCUCUUGAAGCGGGUAGUCCUCUUCGGAUCGGUGUUCUUGCUACCAAUACUGAUCUUACUGCUGGAUUUUACCAGCAAAAGCUUCAAGCUGAGGGUUUUGAGGUUGUACUACCAGACAAGGCAACCAUAGAACACACAAUAAUACCUGCAGUUGAAGCCCUGGGCAGAAACGACAUAGAAGGGGCACAAAACCUGUUCCGAAUUGCAUUACAAGUCCUGUUUGUGAGAGCCGUUAACACUGUGAUCAUCGCCUCUGAUGACAUCCGCGAAGUCCUUCCCGCGGACGAUCCCCUCCUCAAGAAAUGCAUUGACCCACUCGACGCAUUGGCGCGGUCAACUGUAAGAUAUGCUCAAUCUGUUGGGAAAGUGUAAAGAAAUCCCAGCAGUGUGUCCAUUGUUUGUUGUUCAUUGUUCUUGGAUUCAAACAUUCUUUAUCUGUUCUAAGAAAAUUGGGAAUUUGUUAAUAGUAUCUCAGUCAUCAAACCCCUAAGGUCCAAGAAAUUGGCCUUUUGGUAGCCAUAUUUUCGCCCUAUUUGGAUAUGCAUUUUUUUGCCAAACAAGAAGUUUAUGUGCCCUUGAAUCCUGAAUUGGUUAAUAAUGAAGAAAAUAAAGUAAGUUUGUGAGUGAAGAAUGAAGAUGAUCAAUUUAG